AAUCUAAAGCAUGCACAGUACAUACUCAUGUACUGGUUAUUUCCAUAUGUUGUGUGCAUGAUGUAACUUCAUUGAGUUUGAGAGUGACUUCAACCAAAUUAUUUUGAUUUUCAUUAGUGUAACUAAGAUCAGAAUCAUGCCCAAAAUUUUACUUUUAACACAAUCUCCUUGCUCUUUCCAUUUUAACAUAGCAGUCUGCAUAUAAUUGUAUUUCUGUAUUUUUUUAGAUAUGAAACACUCAUUAACUAUUCUUGAUUCCAUAAUUCGAGUAAAGCUGCUUUAACAAAAGGUGUUAUGGAAAAUAAAAGCCUUUGCGGGCUACGUUGGAAGUUUGCAAGAAGCACAGCAUGGUGAACAGAUGUUUAACAGAAAAACAUAUGAGGAUUCCUAUUAAGAAUUUCAGAAACUGCAAAAAAGUUAAAUAGAAUGUUUCAUGCUAUGGCUGUGGAACUGCAGUUUUAAGUCUGUCCUCUUUUUCUGCAGAUUUCACUUUUAUCCACUUUGAUAUUUUUUCCCUACUGAACACUUUGAGAGCCACAAGACUGCCUGUCUUAGUUGAAUAUAUGUUUUAAGAUCAGUAUUUGAGUUAUUUAUCUAAACAUUUUUUUUUCCUCCCAGACCAUCAGGACCAUCACAAUGAGUCUACGGAAGCAAACCCCUAGUGACUUUUUAAAACAAAUUAUAGGAAGGCCUGUUGUUGUAAAGUUAAAUUCUGGAGUUGAUUAUCGAGGUGUCCUGGCUUGCUUGGAUGGGUAUAUGAACAUAGCUCUGGAGCAGACAGAAGAAUAUGUAAAUGGUCAAUUAAAGAACAAAUAUGGGGAUGCAUUUAUCCGAGGAAAUAAUGUUCUGUAUAUAAGCACACAGAAGAGGAGGAUGUGAAGGUGCCUAAAGAGAGAGGUUUUGUACUGCUCCAUUUUUUCCUGAAUGAUGAGAACUGUUUGAUUUGUAGUUGGUAAUUCUUGGUUGAACAAUACAUUGUUUAAAUAUUUCUGUUAUUUGCUGUAAAGCUGGCGUUACUGCAGUGACUAUGGAGAGAAGAGUUUUUUUUAAUUCCAAACUACCAGAACACAAUUGUAAACUUUUCUGAAAACUUCAGUUGUGAAAAAGUGCUUUGUUACACUGUGCAGAAUUAAAUAAAAAAUGGAAAAGUAUGUGA